AUGAUGCUUCUCAAACAAAAAGUAAUUAGAAGUUGUUUACUCCCACUUUAAAGAUUUUUAAAUGAAAAUUAUAAUUAAUGUCAGUGCUUAAAGAAUGCAUACUUUUAAAAUUUAAUGGAAUUAGCUAAAGAUCUUAUUACAAUUAUUAUUUGUAUAUCAAAUUAUAAUAUAUAUAAAAAAACUAUACAAAAGGGUUUUCCCUAAAAAAUAAAGGAUUUUUCUAAUGGUUUUAAUCGUGAAGUUAAGAGACUUCUAUAAUCAUAAAUGCCAGCAAUCUUCAACCUCUAGUCCUUUGAUCACAAGUUUUCAUUUUGCAUUUUUUGUUUGGAAAAAACUUGGAGUAGAACCACCUACCCUCUGGUCAGUCCUCAGUGGAAGUGAAGCAGCCUUAAUUUUUAACUUCAAGCAUCAGCCUCUGGUCGCCAGUAGUUCGAAGGAAGUCAUAGAUAGCUCUCUUAUGAGCCGUUAA